AUGAUCAGCCUUAAGCGGAUAACACGAUCAACAGACACACUGUUCACACCAGCACUUCAUUUGCUCAACAAUGCAUUUGAGCCCGAGUUGCGACGCCCAGAAGCACAGUUGAAAUACAUCAUUGAGAAUGAGCCACGACACCACUUCUUUGCUGUAGUGUAUGAGAAGAAAAUUGCAGGCGUUUGUGCGGUGUGGAGAAUCAUCAAAGAUGUCAAUUUCAUUGAACACGUUGUCAUCUCACCCGACAUGCGUGGCCUGUGCAUUGGCAAAAAGGUCAUUGAUCAACUAAAACAAUUGUUUUGUGGUCAUUGGUUGUUGGAAGUCGACGGCGAUGCAGCCCACGAAAAACUUCGAAAAUGGUACACAUCUUUUGGCUUUAAAACACUCGACAAAUCAUAUCUCCAACCUUCUUACGUUUUUAAUGGGCACCAAGUCCCACUCUUUUUGAUGGGAAACAUCCCACAAGAAUCACUCACUUUUGUCGUCAACACGAUGAAAAAUCUUGUUUAUUUCAACAACAACAAACAACUCAUUCAUGUCUGA